UUGUACAGUGUGUGUUUAAUUCUUGAUAAGUAAAAAGAGACCGCCGUUCACACAUAGCUGUUGAAUAUGUCAUUUUAGUAGAAGAAGAAGAAGAAGAAGAAGCAAUACAAGAAAUACAUAUGUACUGUGAGAUGUUACUUUUUGUAUAUUUUUCUUUCAACCAUUUUAGACUUUGGAGAAGUCAAUUUAGUGCAGAUGUUUUCAUGUUUUCAUGUUUCAAAGUGAAUAGAAUUGAAGUUAAAUAUCAUCUCAAAAUCGAUCAGUAAAUUUGUGUACUCAAUUCAAAUAUGAUUUUUCAAAAUCUCUUUUAAUUUGUACAUAAAUUGUGAAAUAUAAUUAUGAAUAUUUAACCACGUAAAAAACAAACACAAGUUGGUGGAUUGAUAAUUGAAAUUGAGUCUCUAGAUUUAUUUACUUGUGCGUAUGAUUGUGCAAAGAAAUGUCGUAUAAUGUAAAAAUAUUGCAAUCGAGUGCUAAUAUUCAAUUUGAUGCUUAAAUCAGUGAAUUCAAUGUGUUGAUAACUGACUGAAAGGAAUUUUUUUUUCAAAAUCGCUGAAGUGGAAAGAGGUGGGACGAGAAACUAUUUUAAUUGAAUCGCAAGUUAAAUGGCUUGCUCUGCACCACAAAUAGACACACAAAAUGCAAAUUCAUCGGCGACAGCUGGUAGUGCUUCCAGUAGUGGAACGGUCGUGAGUAGACCGCCCAGAUUUACAAUGGAAGGUGUUGGGGCUCGAGUGAUUCGGGGACCGGAUUGGAAAUGGGGCAAACAGGAUGGUGGCGAUGGCCAUGUAGGAACGGUUCGAAAUUUCGAAUCGUCUGAAGAAGUUGUUGUUGUCUGGGAUAAUGGUACAGCUGCCAACUAUAGAUGCGCUGGUGCAUAUGAUCUACGUAUAUUGGACAGUGCCCCGACUGGAAUUAAGCAUGAAGGAACAAUGUGUGAUACAUGUCGACAGCAACCAAUAUUUGGUAUUAGAUGGAAAUGCGGCGAAUGUUCAAACUAUGAUUUAUGCUCAAUAUGUUAUCAUAGUGAUAAGCAUCACUUAAGACAUCGUUUCUAUAGAAUUUCGACACCCGGUGGCGAAAGGACUAUUUUGGAACCGAGGAGAAAAUCCAAGAAGAUAGCUGUGCGUGGAAUAUUUCCAGGAGCUAGAGUUGUGCGCGGUGUUGACUGGCAAUGGGAAGAUCAAGAUGGGGGUAAUGGGCGACGUGGAAAAGUUAACGAAAUACAAGAUUGGUCAGCAGCAAGCCCGCGAUCAGCUGCAUAUGUUGUAUGGGAUAAUGGCGCAAAGAAUUUGUAUCGCGUUGGCUUUGAAGGAAUGGCUGACUUAAAAGUUGUGAAUGAUGCCAAAGGUACAACCGUAUAUAAAGAUCAUCUACCGCUAUUAGGUGAAAACGGCCCUGGAAAAGGACCUGGAAAUUUUCAGAUUGGAGAUCAGGUUUCAGUUGACUUGGAAUUAGAAAUUGUACAGAGUCUACAACACGGGCACGGAGGUUGGACUGAUGGAAUGUUUGAGUGUUUGAGUAACACAGGAACUGUAGUGGGUAUUGAUGAAGAUCAUGAUAUUGUGGUUGCUUAUCCAAGUACAAAUCGAUGGACAUUCAAUCCAGCUGUGCUUACAAAAAUUGCUUCAGAUCGAGAUGGAAAUGGUACACAACAAUUUGCUGUUGGUGAUUUUGUGAAAAUAUGCCAGGAUUUGGAGCGAAUUAAGAUCUUGCAGCGCGGUCAUGGGGAAUGGGCUGAAGCCAUGAUUCCCACUUUGGGCAAGGUGGGAAGAGUGCAGCAGGUUUAUCAAGACAACGAUUUGAAAGUGGAAGUUUGUAAUACUUCGUGGACAUAUAAUCCAUUAGCAGUCACAAAAGUUGCUUCUGCAGCCGAUGGAACGGUACCUGUAACGUCAAGCGGUGAAAGAUUGUCGGCGAUUUUGAAAAAACUUUUUGAGCCACAUGUGUCUGGUGAUAUUACGGAGGAGCUCGUUAAAGCUGCGGCAAGUGGGAAUGCAAGUCGUUGUGAGGAAUUUUUAUCUGGAUGCCAUGAAGGUGCAAAUGGACAAACAGCUGAUGUGAAUGGAGUAUUUGCUGGACAUACAGCAUUACAAGCUGGCAGUCAAAACGGUCAUUUAGAUGUUAUUCAAAUAUUAUUAAACUAUAAUGCCGAUAUUGAGAUCGAAGAUAAAGAUGGUGAUCGAGCCGUUCACCAUGCCGCAUUUGGAGAUGAGCCUGCGGUACUUGAACUAUUGGCUAAAGCCGGUGGAGAUUUGAAUGCACGUAACAAGCGUCGACAGACUGCUUUACAUAUCGCAAUUAACAAAGGUCAUUUCAAUGUAGUAAAAACAUUGCUCGAAUUGAAUUGUCACCCAAGUUUGCAAGAUUCUGAGGGGGAUACACCUCUACAUGAUGCUAUAUCCAAAGAACAAGACGAAAUGCUAUCUUUGCUAUUGGACUAUGGUGCGGAUAUUACGCUGACGAAUAACAAUGGGUUCAAUGCAUUACAUCAUUGUGCAUUGAAAGGGAAUCCAAGUGCAAUGAAAAUAUUGCUUUCAAAAACAAAUCGGCCCUGGAUUGUGGAAGAAAAGAAAGAUGAUGGAUACACCGCCUUACACCUUGCAUGUUUAAAUAAUCAUGUGGAAAUUGCUGAAUUGUUGGUGCAUAUGGGAAAAGCGAAUAUGGACAAACAAAAUGUAAAUUUACAAACUGGCUUGCACCUUGCAGUUGAACGGCAACACGUACAGAUAGUAAAACUACUAGUUCGUGAGGGUGCCAACUUGAACAUACCAGAUAAAGACGGUGAUACGCCAUUACAUGAGGCUUUACGUCACUAUACACUUUCACAACUUCGGCAGCUACAGGAUGUUGAAGGUUUUGGAAAACUUUUAAUGGGAUUACGGAACCACACGGAUAAGAAAGCUUCAGCAUCAAUUGCUUGUUUCUUAGCGGCAAAUGGAGCUGAUUUAACAAUCAAAAAUCGAAAACUUCAAACACCGUUGGAUUUAUGCCCGGACCCUAAUCUAUGCAAAAUUUUAGUGAAGUGUUACAAUGAACGUAAGACUGAUGAUAUGGACUUACCAGGCAACAUGGCGAACAUGACAAUUAGUGUGAAUUCGUCAAAUGUUAGCACCAAUGGUAUGAACGUGCAGUCAACAAGUAACACAGUGACAUCUAGCCAAAACAAUACUAACAAUUCCACUACUGGAAACGAAGUGAACAUUGUAUCAACAUCUACCCAACUAGAAGAAUGUUUAAUUUGUUCGGAUCUAAAACGUGAUACAAUAUUUAAACCUUGCGGACACGUAAGCUGUUGCGAUACGUGUGCACCGCGUGUUAAAAAGUGUUUGAUAUGUCGAGAAACGGUGUCGUCCAGAGAAAAAAUUGAUGAAUGCUUGGUAUGUUCUGAUAAGCGUGCCAGCGUUUUCUUUAGACCAUGCGGCCAUAUGGUUGCAUGUGAAAACUGUUCCAGAAUAAUGAAAAAAUGUGUUCAAUGCCGCACUCAAAUUGAUGAAAUGGUUCCAUUUUCGAUCUGUUGUGGCGGCACCGGCGUUAUAGAAAAGGUAACAGUGACACUGGAUGAGAAAAAUGAAAUUGAUAUGAUGGUGGGAAUCAAUAAGAUGGGAUUGGGUGUGGCGAUGAAUAAUACAGUAGCAACACCUUCCAACACAGCUGUUAACCCAGGAAACACAAACGUCAACAAUAUCCAAUUGGAUGACGUGCAAAAACUUCAGCAACAAUUACAAGAUAUCAAAGACCAGACAAUGUGCCCAGUUUGUUUUGAUCGAAUCAAGAAUAUGGUAUUUCUCUGUGGUCAUGGUACAUGUCAAAUGUGUGGUGAUCAAAUAGAUGGAUGCCCGAUUUGUCGUAAAACUGUCGAGAAGCGAAUUCUACUUUUCUAGAAUUAAAUAAUAAGAAUGAAAUGCCAGAGGUUCUGAAGCUAAACUUCCACGUUGUUUGAAACCAUAUUUUUCAAUCGAACGCAGGUCCUAUUUAGAAUCUACGCCAAAGAAAUCACGUUUCAUGUGAUGGGGGAAUAUUUCAAUUGGGAAAAGUCCGAAUGUCAUCAAUUUUAGACGGAAGAUCCGUUCCUGAGAGCCAAUCAAAAAAUCACUCUAAAAACAAAAUCUUUUAACUUUUGAAAGUCUAUUAUUGAACAGUUGUCCAUUUCGUAAGGAACAAUGUGGCCUUGGUCAAUUGUAAUAAUUCCGUGUAGUGUUGAAGUAUUUUCAAAUUAUGGAAGCGGUAUUAAGAGCAGAAGAAGGGGAAAUUAGCAUUUUCACCUCUUCCCCUGUGAUCCAGGGUCUUAGUUUCGAUGUCGUAUUAAUAAUUUCGCAUUUGAAAUUCAGAUUCCCCAAGAUGGUUACUUCUCAGGUCCACUGAUACUAAAAGAUGUCUACUGUAUAGAUUCUAUAACGAUAAUAAAUCUUUACUCAACGGAAAAGAUUUGAUACGACAUCGUCAACACAACAUGACCUCGAAUGAACACGAACACCAUCGUUCUAAUUUGAAAUCAGUUAUUUCGAACAAAAUAAACUGAACGUGAAAUAACACGAAUACUUGACAAUUUUCGACUUGAACGUUCAAAUUUAAUUGGCAGCUCUACUCGUUUCAUGCUUUUGAUCUGUACCUUUCAAUGCUGGUGAAAAGAUGACGUUGCUCUCAUUCGGUUCACAUUUUGUCCAGAUUCCCCGUCUUCAAUUUAAUUCAAGCCAAAAAAGGUAUAUAAUUUCAUUGCAUAUCGUAAAUCAUUCAAAAUAUAACUUAGUUCAUUUUGUAAUAAUCAAACCAACAAAUCAAUUUUCUGCAAAGGUUUGAACUAGAAAUGUGUCUCUUUGGCAUAUCUGGACCAUGUCACAUGUAAUUUGAAUUAUCAUAAAAUUCAAUUUAUUUACGAUACUUUUUUUAUUUUGUUUUCGAAAAGUCAAUUUGUACUACAUGACAAAGUAGGGGUGGGAACACAAUACAGACACCUUGGAAUGUGUGUUGGUUCAGAACCUUUGAUAGAAUUUAAAUCUAAACUCAAACUAAUAUUAAUCUAAUAUUAUUAGAAUAAUACAUUUACAUAAAAUUUGCAUAAAUUAAUAGGUGAUUUUAGACUUUUUUAAUCGGAGUAAAUAAAAUUUUCCAAAAUAAGAAAA